UCUAUACAUGGAAAUAUGAAACAUCAAAUUCCUACACGAGGUUGAAACAGACAAAAAACUAACCAACUCCAAAACUCAAUCACAUGAAAAAAUAUUACUAGUAUACAACAAAAAUGACUAUAACUAAGUAACCAUCUAUGUUGUGCACCACAUAUUACUACUACUGCUGCAAUGGUGAUUGCUCCAUUUUCCCUCCUCGCAAUAUUUCUUCCUUUGGCAGCGGCCGUCAUGCACUGCGGCCCGUGCGGCAACACCCCGGUCCCCUACCCGAUGAGCAGCGGCCCGAACUGCGGAGACCAGGCCUACAAAAUCAAGUGUGAUCCAAACACAAGCACUCUUCAUUUCAUCUCCAAGCCCGGGAGACUCUACCCGAUCACAUCCAUCGACACGAGAUCCCAACGGAUGGUGAUCCGGCCGCCUUCUGUGCUCCCAGGCACGUGCUUCUCCGAGGACUUCAGCAGCGAAGGCUUCCAGAUGGACGAUUCACUCCCCUUCAACAUCAGCAGCAGCAACACAAUACUCCUCUUCAACUGCACAGACAACAUGCUUCAUUUGCAGGUGCCUAUCAACUGCUCCUCCAACUGCCCUUGCCACACCUACAUCGACAACACCCGGUCAGCAGGUGCGUGCAACAAGCAGAAGCUGUGCUGCUCGUUUAGGACAGGGGGGUCGCAGAACGCGUACAUCAUCCGUGUCCACGCAAAUGGAUGUAUGGCGUAUCACAGCUACGUGAACUUCAACCCUGGCCUCCCGUUUGCCAAGUGGCCGGCGCCUGGCUUGGAGCUCCUCUAUGUCUCGCCGUUGGAGCCAACCUGCAACACUAAGGCAGACUGCCGCGAGCUUCCCUUUUCAACAUGCUUGGCGGACUCCACUGAUGGCGGCCGGAGGAGGUGUCUCUGCAAGAAGGGUCGCUACUGGGAUCCUGCAACAGGAUAUUGCCAAAGUAGGCCACUUCUGAUUUCACCAAAAAAUAUAUGCUUUCACCCUUUUCUAGCAAAGAGAAAGCACCCUAAUUUAUUAUAUCUAAUUGCACUUGUUAUGUGUGCAGAGUGUAGACAUGGAACAGGCUGCAAAAUACAUACCAAUCACACACCAGCUAUUGGAGCUACUGCAGGCGUAUUCGUUGUCCUGCUCCUGGCCGCGUUCCUGGUGUACAGACAACGUCAAUACACGAUGAACGUUGCAAGAAAGACACUAAUAAAAGAAAGAGAGAAUAUCUUAAAUUCGAAUAACAGCGGAAAAUCAGCCAAGAUCUUCUCAGGUAAAGAAAUCAGGAAAGCAAGCAAUGACUUCUCUAAAGAAAACCUGCUCGGCAGUGGUGGAUUCGGAGAGGUUUUCAAGGGUACCUUAGACAACGGAACUGACAUAGCCGUUAAGAGGGCCAAGCCGGGAAAUGCAGCGGGCACGGCCCAAGUCCUCAAUGAGGUCAGGAUCCUCUGCCAGGUCAACCACCGGAGCUUGGUGAGAAUGAUCGGCUGCUGCGUGGAGCUGGAGCAGCCCCUCUUGAUCUAUGAAUAUGUCUCGAGGGGAACUCUUUUCGAGCACCUGCACAGGGCAGAGGCGCGCCAGACACCGCCUCUGAACUGGCUGAGGCGCCUCUUCAUUUCCCACCAGGCGGCUGACGGCCUUGCCUACCUCCACUCCUCUGCUGUGCCCCCCAUCUACCACAGGGACGUGAAGACAAGCAACAUACUCCUGGACGAGAAUCUUGAUGCCAAGGUGUCGGAUUUCGGGCUAUCGAGGCUUGUUGAAUUGAGCGAGAGGGAUUGCACCCACAUCAACACCUCUGCUCAAGGGACGCUAGGCUACCUCGACCCCGAAUACUACGUCAAUAUGCAGCUGACGGAUCGCAGUGAUGUGUACAGCUUCGGCGUCGUGCUGCUGGAGCUUCUGACUUGCAAGAGAGCUAUUGAUUUCAAUAGGGAGGAGGAAAAUGUGAACCUGGUGGUUUACAUGAAGAGGAUGUUUGAUGAGGAUAACCUGAUGGCAGUGAUUGAUCCGGCUAUCAAGCAGGGGGCAUCGGAGGUGGAGCUGGAGACAAUGAAGGCCAUCGGGAAUCUGGCUGCAGCUUGCUUGGAUGAACGGCGACAGAAUCGCCCUUCGAUGAAAGAAGUCGCUGAUGAGAUCGAAUGCGUUAUCAGCAUUAUCACUGGCGAUGAUGCUUCCACAAUGUAGCAGUCAAUUUCUGGUGU